CGCGCCGGGAAUCUGUGUUAAAUUAAAAGUGUUUUGGGUACAAAACGUGUCGUUUUUCUUGUAAAAUAUGUAAUGUUUGUUUUUUCUACGAAAUAAUUCAAAACUAUAAAUGCUAGUAAGGGAAUGACGUGAAGACAAUCGCCAUCGGAUUCGGAUUUUCAGCGUGUUUGGGUCGAAGAAGAACGGAGAGGUGCCGUCGAGUCGAGAGCACAGGGUGACCUCGAGAUCAGCUGAUGCGCGUAGCAGUCUGUGAUUAGAUGAAUGCAGGUGUCAAAGGUUUUAUCUUCAAAGGGACUCCAUGUCUUUCUUGGACUGUUCCUGCAUCUCCCACGCUCAGGUCCAGCCCAUGGACAUAGAGGAGCGCUAUGAGGACACCAGCCACCCCUUCCUGAGCUGUGACGGUUCUGAAUACACCCUGCAAGGCCCGGCGGGUGGAGACGACGUGACGGGGCUGUCGGCCGAGCCGGCCCACUACCAGCUGCUGUCUGAACUCGGGCGGGGCUUUAACAACCUGAGCCAGGUGCACAUGGCGCGCCACAUCCCCACGGGCCAGCUGGUGGCCGUCAAGCAGACCAACCUGGACGAGUGCACGGAGGAGGAGCUGCUGCAGCUCAUGAACGAGGUCCUGCUGUCCCGCCUCUUCCGGCACCCCCACCUGCUGACGUCCCGCCUGGUGUUCAGCUCCUGCUGCCAGCUCUGGGUCCUCUCCCCGCUCAUGGCCUACGGAUCUGCAGACUCCUUGCUGAGGAUGCACUUCCCCGACGGGAUGAGCGAGUCUCUGAUAGCGUACCUGCUGUCCGGCGUCCUGAAGGCGUUGGAGUACCUGCACCGGAUGGGCUACGUGCACCGGGGGGUGAAGGCCAGUCACAUCCUGCUGUCGGCCGAGGGCCGCGUCUAUCUGUCCGGGCUGCACAGCGUCUACAGCAUGAUGCGAGAGGGCAAGAGGAUGAGGGCCGUGUUCGACAUGCCGCACCACAGCCCCUCGCUGCUGCCCUGGCUCAGCCCCGAGCUGCUGCGACAGGACCUGCACGGCUACGGAGUCAAGUCCGACAUCUACAGUCUGGGCAUCGUGGCCUGCGAGCUGGUCAGCGGCCGGGUGCCUUUCCAGGACAUGCCUCCCACUCAGAUGCUGCUUCAGAAGCUGCGCGGCUCCCACUGCUGCCUCCUGGACGUGGCCCCCUUCCCCCUGGGCGAGCUGGGCGGGUUGAAGGUGUCGAGGUCCGGCGUGGACUCGGGCAUCGGGGAGAGUGUGGCCACGGGCAGCCUGACGCACAGCGCCACCGCGCCCGUCGCCGAGCGGCCCCAGAGCCCCGGGCCCAAGAACCACUCGGCCACGCUGCACAACCUGGUCCAGCUGUGUCUGCAGCAGCAGCCCGAGCGCAGACCGUCAGCGACCGAGCUGCUGACCCACACCUUCUUCAAACAGGUGAAGAGGCACACCAGAGACUCCUUCCUCAGCCUCAUGUACCCCGCCGUGCCCCUGUCCAGCCCCGAGGACCCCCCGGUGUCCACCCCGCCCGCCCCGUCUGCCAGCCCAGACUUCCCCGAGGCCGUGUGGGACUUCUCCUAACCGGGCCACACAAGAGACAAUCACAUCAAAGCAAUGAGGCCAACUUCUACUGUGCUUUUACUUUUCAGUCACAUCGACUCUGAGCCUUUUGUUUUUAAGUGCUGGAUUGGAUAUUGAUUAUCCACAAUAUUGAAAAUAGACUGAGCCAAAGGAUGGAUUAGCAAUUAAAAGUCCUCCAGGUCCUAUUUGAGGUGGGUAUGUGAGGGUGGAUGUUUUUCCUUCAAAGUGUUAUCAUAUCGUCAAACUGUGAAUAGAUAUAUAACAUAUACGUGCAUAUAUAAAUAUAUAUACUCAUCUGAGGUUUUCCAGGAGAAAUAAUAACAGACAACACUCCAUUUCAUCUGUCUCAUAUGAACUCUAAAAAUGCAAUGCACACAUUUUACAAUGCAGUUUCUGAAAACGUGUUAUAAAUCAUCAUCUCCCUCCAGUAUUAAAAGUCCCGUUGGGAUGUUUUCGCCUCACAUCGACACUACCGGGGCAGAAUCACUUCCUCACACUGCUAACUUGAUUGAUAGAACUACCUGUGGUCUGUUGCCAUAAACCUGCACUGUACGUUUCAUUUCUGACAGGAGCAACCGAACUUAUCUGUGGGGAGAGGGAAACCUUUUUGAUGCCAUGUUGAUCAGUUCUGUGAUCUCCCACAAUGCCUUUAUGAUUUGCGUCCACAGUACAGUGAACUUUGUGUAACUGUGAUAAAGUGUAUGAACUGUGACUUGCAGUACAUAUCAAUCCUAGCGGCUGUAUGAGCUUUAUCUAGUAACAUUAUAAAUGAAAUAUGUAUAUCUAAAAAUUUGAUUUACAAAC